GUUAGGCCCACUGGGAAGCGUGGAGCCACAGAUCUGGUCCGUCGAUCGCCUGGGUGCCUGGAGCUGAGCUGCGGCGAGGCCCGGCUCCCGCUCGACGGCCGAGAGGGUGUGCGUGUGCGUCGGGCGCAGGGUGCGCUCCGAGGCCCGCGUCGCCGCCACCGCUGCCGCCGCUGCGGCUGCUGCCGCCGGCGCGGGGAAUCUAAUAUCAGCUACCUGUCCCUGUCACUCUUGACACUUCGCCGUCAGGGCUGCGCGCGGGGGGCGGGCAGAGCGCGACCGGCGUUAGCUGUCCUUAUUGGAGGGGUACUUGGGGAGGGAGGGAGGGGAGAAGGGGUCUCUACCCACUCUGGUUUCGCUUCGGCGCUUGGAAGCCUGCUCCCUAAAGACGCUCCGAACGGUACCCUCCUGCCUACAUCCCGACCCCCCACCCCGACCCCAUGUCUCCGUUCGCCCGCUGACUUUUCGGCUGCCGCCGGACUCUCUCGCUUGAGCCUUCCGGAGGAGACGGGGGCGGCUUGGCUCCAGGACUCUGCGGGGGUUGCGUCCCCUGACUCUGCUCGCUGCAGCCACAAGCCACAACCAGAGCCGGGAAUCUCCGCGCCUAGAGCGCGCGGGACCCAGAGCCGUCAGCGGCGGCCACGGGGCACUCAGCCGGGCGGUAGCCCAGGACUCGUUAGGGCAGCGCGCUCCGUCGUCCAUGAACUGCAUGAAAGGCCCGCUGCCCUUGGAGCACCGAGCAGCGGGGACCAAGCUGUCGGCCGCCGCCGCCUCCUCUUCCUCCUCCUGUCACCAUCCCCCGUCGUCAGCCAUGGCUUCGGUCCUGGCUCCUGGUCAACCCCGCUCCCUGGACGCCUCCAAGCACAGGCUGGAGGUGCACACCAUCUCCGACACCUCCAGCCCCGAGGCCGCAGACAAAGAUAAGAGCCAACAAGGGAAGAAUGAGGACGUGGGAGCGGAAGACCCGUCCAAGAAGAAGCGGCAACGGCGGCAGAGGACUCACUUCACCAGCCAGCAGCUGCAGGAGCUGGAGGCCACUUUCCAGAGAAACCGCUACCCGGACAUGUCCACGCGCGAGGAGAUCGCCGUGUGGACCAACCUGACCGAAGCCCGAGUCCGGGUUUGGUUCAAGAAUCGCCGGGCCAAAUGGAGAAAGCGAGAGCGCAACCAGCAGGCCGAGUUGUGCAAGAAUGGCUUUGGGCCGCAGUUCAACGGGCUGAUGCAGCCCUACGACGACGUGUACCCGGGCUAUUCCUACAACAACUGGGCUGCCAAGGGCCUCACGUCGGCCUCCUUGUCCACCAAGAGUUUCCCCUUCUUCAACUCCAUGAACGUCAACCCCUUGUCGUCGCAGAGCAUGUUCUCCCCGCCCAACUCCAUCUCGUCCAUGAGUAUGUCGUCCAGCAUGGUGCCCUCGGCCGUGACGGGAGUCCCUGGCUCCAGCCUCAACAGCCUGAAUAACUUGAACAACCUGAGCAGCCCGUCGUUGAAUUCCGCCGUGCCGACACCCGCCUGUCCGUAUGCACCACCGACUCCCCCGUACGUUUACAGGGACACGUGUAACUCGAGCCUGGCCAGCCUCAGACUGAAAGCUAAGCAGCACUCCAGCUUCGGCUAUGCCAGCGUGCAGAACCCGGGGUCCAACCUGAGCGCUUGCCAGUACGCAGUGGACCGGCCCGUGUGAGCCGCGCCCCCAGCGCCGGGAUUCUAGGACCGCGCCGGAUGGGGGCGACUCCGCCCUUGAAAGACUGGGAAUUAUGCUAGAAGGUCGUGGGCACUAAAGAAAGGGAGAGAGAGAAAGAUGUAAUGAGCAAAGGAAACCACUGAGUUAGAGAGAGAGCGCUCCUUUGACUUCAAAGGGAUGUCUCUAUGUGUGACAUCUUUCAUUACAAGUAUUUCCAACAGUUGCAAGGACACCACACACACACACACACACACACACACGCAAGUGUCUGACUGGAUAUGACAUUUUAACAUUACUAUAAGCUUGUUAUUUUUUAAGUUUAGCAUUGUUAACAUUAAAAUGACUGAAAGGAUGUAUAUAUAUCGAAAUGUCAAAUUAAUUUUAUAAAAGCAGUUGUUAGUAAUAUCACAACAGUGUUUUUAAAGGUUAGGCUUUAAAAUAAAGCAUGUUAUACAGAAGCGAUUAGGAUUUUUUUUUCGCUUGCGAGCAAGGGAAUGUAUAUACUAAAUGCCACACUGUAUGUUUCUAACAUAUUAUUAUUAUAAAAAAAUGUGUGAAUAUCAGUUUUAGAAUAGUUCCUCUGGUGGAUGCAGUAAUGUUUCUGAAACUGCUAUGUACAACCUACCCUGUGUAUAACAUUUCGUACAAUAUUAUUGUUUUACUUUUCAGCAAAUAUGAAAAAAAGUGUUUUAUUUCAUGGGAGUAAAAUAUACUGCCUAC